ACAUCAACAAACAAAACAGGAAAUGUUAAGCAGUGUCGGGUCGAAAACAUUCCGAACGGCACCGUCUCGCCCACUCCACUCCACCAUGUAAUCUCUAGUUUGCAUAUCUCAGCCAGCCUCAAGAUAUUCUUUCUGAAGCUAACUGACAGAAAAAGAAAGAAGAAGCUUCUUAUUUUCAUACCAGAGUUCCAUGUUUGAAAUAUUUCACUGCACUCAAAAUAAAUUCCUUACCCUAUCUUCCAAGAAAACCAGUUUCUUUGUCACCAAAAAACACAUCUUUCUAUCUUCAUUUUCAUCUAAUUAUACUUUACAACUUCCAAAACCUUUACUUAAAUGUUCCAUUCCUGACAUUUAAAGAGCAAAGCUGUUGGUCAAAAGACACUAAAAUAAAAACAUCAUGAAAUCUUACAUCAUCUCCAAUUCUAAGUCUAACCCAUUUCUCAAAACCCUAUACCUUCGAAUUUUCUUGUUUUUUCUUCUUAUUCAGAUUCGCUCUUGUUUUUCUUCUUCACCAGCACCCUUCAUUUUCCCCCUUAAAACUCAAAUCCUAAGAUCUCCGAGCAAGCUUCAGUUUCAGCACAACGUUAGCCUCAUUGUCUCAUUAACAGUAGGAACUCCACCGCAAAAUGUUUCCAUGGUUCUUGACACCGGAAGCGAGCUCUCUUGGGUCCAUUGCAACCAAACAACCCGAAACAACCAACCAGACCCGACAAUAUUCAACCCGAAUCAAUCAACCUCGUACAAACCAAUCCCUUGUUUUUCUCCGACGUGCGUAAACAAAACCCAAGAUUUUCCAAUCCCACCUUCAUGCGACUCCGACAACCUUUGCCACGCAACUCUUUCCUACGCCGACGCUUCAUCUUCCGAUGGAAAUCUCGCCUCCGAUACUUUCCAUCUCGGGUCAUCUGGCAAUAUCUCGGGCCUUGUUUUCGGUUGCAUGGACUCUAUUUUCAGCUCUAACGCCGACGAAGACUCCAAAACCACCGGGUUAAUGGGCAUGAACCGUGGGUCCCUCUCUUUUGUUUCCCAAAUGGGAUUCCCCAAAUUCUCGUAUUGCAUCUCGGGUUCCGAUUUGUCGGGUCUCCUCUUACUCGGUGACUCCAAUGUCACGUGGCUUACACCGUUGAACUACACGCCGUUGGUCCAAAUUUCCCGACCGUUGCCGUAUUUUGAUCGGGUGGCUUACACGGUUCAGCUGCAAGGGAUCAAAGUAUCGGGUAAGUUAUUACCGAUUCCGAAAUCGGUUCUAGUUCCGGAUCAUACUGGAGCAGGUCAAACCAUGGUUGACUCGGGUACCCAAUUCACUUUCUUACUGGGACCCGUUUAUAACAUUUUAAGAAGAGAGUUUUUGAAUCAAACGGCUGGGGUUUUAAGGGUUUUGGAGGAUCCGAAUUUUGUGUUCCAAGGAGCAAUGGAUUUGUGUUACCGGGUACCACUGGGUAAAACCCGGCUACCAAAUUUGCCGUCGGUGAGUUUGGUAUUUACCGGGGCGGAAAUGGUGGUGUCGGGUGAUCGGGUUUUGUAUAGGGUUCCGGGUGAAACAAGAGGGAAUGAUUCGGUGUGGUGCCUGAGUUUUGGGAAUUCUGAUCUGUUGGGUGUGGAGGCUUAUGUGAUUGGGCAUCAUCAGCAACAAAACGUGUGGAUGGAAUUUGAUCUUGAGAAAUCAAGGAUCGGAUUGGCUCAAGUACGGUGUGAUUUGGCGAGGCAGAGAUUUGGUGUGGGCCUCUAGGGAAAGGAACAACAAUAAUACACACGGUGCUUUUCAAUUCCAAAGGGUUAAAACAUUAGCCAUGUGAUGAUCAACUUGAUCAGAGGCUGCAACCAAUUUGAUGAAGGGGGAGUGAGAGAUGGGAAGGCAAAAUUUCUUCCAAUUUGUACAACGGGUUUUUAUGUUUAUGACCUCAAAAUUUCACAGGUUUAUUAUAAAGUGCAACUCUAUUUGUUUUCAUUGUUGCUCUUUCCAAAUCCCAAUUACAAAGUAAAUGCUGCCAUUAAACCAGUAACAUUGACCAUGUAGAAAGGAGAUCAUGGGACAAGUUUAUAAAGUGUGACACUAAUAAAGAAAGGCUAGCCCAAUAUGCUGGUUUGUGUUC